AUGUUGAGUUCAAAAGAACCAAUUAUUCCAAGUUCAUGGUCAAAUCAUCAAGGUAAUGUUAAAACAGUACUUGAGUGGAAGAAAUUUCGGAAAGUGUUAAAUAACUCACAAAAAGAACCAUUGGGUGGGUUGCAGGAUUUACAUUUGCUAGAAUUGGGUUACCAUAAAUAUGAACCAUAUUAUGCAUAUCAACAAACUGGUGAAAACUGCAGAUUAUGUAAUAAAAUAAAUGAAGAUAAUUUACAACAUCACCUUUUUGAAUGUUCGGAAACAAACCAAUAUUGGCAACAAGUAACAAGAAUAGAAAGAAAGUAUGAUAAUGUAUUAGGUAAUUCAAAAUUGAAUAAAAAAGCUAUGAUAGAAAUCAACUUAUUUGUGAGAAAAGUUUUGGGGGUAGUAAAAGCAAAACGACGACGACAGUCAGAAAUAGAAUUAAAUUCCUCUGCUGUUGUUUAG